AUGGCCGAGAUGGCAGUCGCAAUCAUCGUCGUUUCCCUCCCCGCGCUCAAAACCCUACUACGUCGCAAACACAAGAAUUCCGCCUCAUCAAAGUCAUAUUCCGAGGGACAACACUAUGUGGUUACGGCGUCGCGGAGGAGAUCUGUUUUUGGACGAGGUGAUCCUUUGAAUGAUGAUGGCAGUGAUGUGGAGCUCAAUCGUGUGGGCAUGAAAGAUGUCAUUUACAAGACGAAGGAGGUUAGUGUUGAUUCACGACCAAUUGAGGAUAGUGAUGACGGAAGAUCACUUGCUUUGGCUUGGACGAACAAUGGCUAUGAUGGAGGAAUUGGAAAGGCUGGUGUCUGA